GCGUGGGCGGGCUUUAGGGAGCGCGGGCUCGAGAGCCGCGAGGAGUAGAGCCGGAAGCGGCGGAGCGGUGGCGAUGGAGGCCGCUGCGGAGAAGGAUGCUCAGGUGGCUGCAUGGUUGAAAAAGAUCUUUGGCGAUCAUCCCAUUCCACAAUACGAAGUGAACCCACGGACGACAGAAAUUUUGUAUCACCUUUCAGAACGCAACAGGGUUCGGGACAGAGAGAUCUGCUUGGUGAUAGAGGACUUGAAACAGAAAGCAAGUGAAUAUGAAUCAGAAGCCAAGCAUCUGCAAGAUUUUCUCAUGGAGAGUGUGAACUUUUCCCCUGCCAAUCUGUCUAACACUGGUUCCAGAUAUCUGAACGCUUUUGUUGACAGUGCACUGACCCUGGAAACGAAGAAUACUUCACUGGCAAGCCUCAUCCCUGCAGUGAAUGACUUGACUUCCGAUCUUUUUCGUACCAAAUCCAAAAGUGAAGAAAUCAAGCUCGAGUUGGGAAAACUUGAAAAAAAUCUGACUGCAACAUUAGUAUUAGAAAAAUGUCUACGAGAAGAUCUCAAGAAAGCAGAGCUGCAUCUGUCUGCUGAAAAGGCCAAAGCUGACAACCGUCUUCAGAACAAGGACUUCCUAAAAGCAAAGUCAGAGGAGUUCCGAUUCGGAAUCAAAGCUGCAGAGGAGCAGCUCUCAGCUAGAGGCAUGGAUGCUUCUCUUUCUCAUCAGUCACUAGUGGCCCUCUCAGAGAAACUGGCAGAGCUAAAACAACAGACGAUACCUCUGAAGAAAAAAUUGGAAUCCUACUUAGAUUUAAUGCCGAAUCCAUCUCUUGCUCAAGUGAAAAUUGAAGAAGCAAAGAGAGAAUUGGAUGCCAUUGAUGCUGAACUUACCAAGAAAGUAAACAUGAUGGAACUGUGACUAGAACCAAUGCACACCCUGUUCCCUAACAGAAAACUGAGUAGGACGUUAAAUAUUUUUUGUUUUGUUUCAUUUUGAGGCAGUGUCUCACUGUCGUCCACACUGACAUGGAACUCAUUCAGUACCCCAGGCUGAUCUUGAACUGAUCUUCUCAUGUCAGUCUCCUGAGUUCUGGGAUUACAGGUAUAAGCCACUAUGCCCAGGUUUAAGCACUUUUUUUUUUUCCUUUUGACAUUCCUUAAUAUAAUUGCUAGGCUCUGGCGAGACAGUUUGGUAGAUAAAGUGUUUGCCUCAAAAGCAUGAAGUCUUAAAUUUAAUUCUCAGUACCCACAUAAAUCUGGGCAUGGUAGCACAGCUCUCUGGGCAUCCAGUCUAGCUUAAGUGAGGAGUUCUGGGCAGUGAAAAAGCCUGUCUCAGAAGAGAUGGACCAUGUACCUGAGGGUCACACCCAGGGUUGUCUUCAGGUCUCCACAGACAUCUGCACACACAUGGACACCCACACAUACAAACAUAUUCAUAUGUACAUGCAAAAGUAAAACAGCUGUGUUCAUAGAUGAGAUAAUAUCUCUGUUGGUAAAAUAAUAGUUUCUGGUUAUGUAUUAACAUUUUUGUGCUUAAAUAUAGUGUUCAUAUAAAAAGUG